AGAAGCGACGCAGCCCCUUUUGGUUAGCGGUGAUAAAACACAACACAAUCCAACCCGAUCCAAUUGACCGGGAGGAUGAGCAAAUACGGAUUACAAAUUAGGGUUAAGCCAUCAUCGGCGGCGAGACCACCGGUGGCAAGACCCCCUCCCUCUGCUUUUCUCCACGACGAUGACGACGGAGACGUUGAGAGAGAUAUCUCUCGUCAAGCCUCUAAAAACAAGUCCAACAAAGACUACGAGGAGUUGCAUAAGAAAGCGUUAGAGGAGGAUCCCAUGGCGUUUGAGUAUGAUGGAGUGUUCGAUGAUAUGAAGCAGAACGCUGUUCGUAAAACUACUCAGGAGAAACAAAAGAGAGAGUCAAAAUAUAUUCAAGCACUAAUAGAGAAGUCUAAAGUACGAGAGCGUGAACAAGAGAUAGUUUAUGAGAGAAAAAUUGCUAAAGAGAGAGAAAAAGAUGACCAUUUACAUUCAGACAAGGAAAAAUUUGUCACUGGUGCCUACAAAAGGAAACUCGCAGAGCAGGCAAAAUGGCUGGAGGAGGAUCGAUUGCGUGAAUUACGUGAACAGAAAGAGGAUAUCACCAAGAAGGGUGAUAUGAGUGACUUUUACUUCAAUCUGUCAAAGAACGUAGCAUUCGGAGCCACCGAGGCAGAGCUGAGGAAAAAAGAAAAGACGCAGCAAGUGGAAGAGAAAAUUCAGACAUCAGAGCAAGAAAAGGCCUCAGAAAGUAGUCAUCCAUCGACCAAAAUCCCUUCAGACUUUGUUGCUGCGCAACCUGGUGAAUAUAUGAAGACACCAAUUGCUGAAUCAUCAAAAGACAAAGUUGUUGAGCCAGUUGCUGAGUCGUCAUUACCAGAUAUUAAAGUUGCUCCUGAAACAGUUAAUGAGCAAUCGAAACGUGAUCAUCAUAAAAGGAAUGAAGAUGCUGUUGCAGCUGCUAAAGAGCGCUUCUUGGCUAGGAAAAGAGCCAAGGUAGUGGAGGAACCACUUUAGGGUUGGUAACUGCUUGUAUUGUUCUGUUCUCCACAUAUUUGCCUUGUUGAUUAUUACUUUUGCUUGCACUCAUAGAGUUGGUCAUGGAAGGAAGUUAUUGUAAAAUAAUAAAAUAUAAACCAAAAAGCAAUUUUUGCAAGAAUGUUCAGCUCGGGGAUAUGAAAGAGGGAAUUUGGAGUCUAAUACAAGUACUUGAGGUAAUUGAGAUAUAUUCUUACCUACGGGGAUACGAAAGAGGGCAGUUUGACUCUAAAACAAAUACUUAUAUAUAAUCUGCAUGAUCGAUAUUUUACAGAUAUAUUUAUGCCGUGUAAUACUUAUAUUCUAUGUAAUGAUGCAAUAUUUUAUGUAAUGUGAUAAUCAUAUGAAUUGUAUCACUAUACAUGUUAUUUAAAUAUAAAAUUUGCCAUUAAAGAUAUAUUCUGUUAUUUAAAUAUCAUUGAAAGAAUAUAAUUAUCGUCUGAAUUAUUAGCAGUAUGGUAUAUUUAUUUUUAUAAAUAAUACUAUAAUACUUUUUUAUAAAUAUUUAAUAAUUUUAUUAUAAAAAAAAAAAAUUUAUAGGAUAAAGAUACAGUGAAAAUAAUUUUUUUAGUAUUUUAAAUCAAAUCAUAAUAAAAAAAUAUAUACACACACAAGGUCUAACCGGGAAGCCCCGUACAGUCGUACACCCUCUCCUCCGCAAACCCAUCGAUAAGCGGGAUAAGUGUAGAAUUUAUAGAUUUUCAAAAAAAAAAAAGAGUAGAUUUUAUAGAAUAAAAUUAAUAAACAUUUUUUCCAUUUUCAGAUAGCAUUUUUAGACUUUGAAUUACUUAUGUUCAGCGCAGCCCAAUAAAUCUUGUAUCCAUUUGGAAAAAAAAAAAAAAAAAAAAAAAUCUUGUAUCCGUUAGAAAACAACAGGGCCUCCCAAUCCGAAAUGCAAUCAGGGCCCAGUUAUCAUAAGCAGGUAGAAAUACAGACAAGGCUACACAAAAUUCACAUGUCGUAGAAGCCAAGCUCUUUCUUACCAUCCGAGUUUGAAGAAAAAGAUGAGGAUCUUCGGGAAGCUUAUGUUUCCAGGCCGUUUCAUUAUACUUUCUGCUUCCGGGAUGCUUGUGUUGGCAGCAACAACUUAUGACAUACACAGAUCAAUCAAGAACAAUUCUACGCCACCUACACAGCAAGAAAUGCAGGAAUUGAAUGAUUAUAUCAAGUCUCUUCGUCCUCCUUCAUGAGUCAUUUCUAUGACUUUUUAGUUUUGGAGGGUUCCUAGUUCGCCACGUGUCAUGUUUACAUCCUCAUAUACACCUUUUUCUAUGUACUACUACUUUGUAUGGAGGUUUGAGGAUGAACCUGGUCUGGGCUUUGUAAGUUGUAACCAUCCCAGUCUACUACUUUAACUUUCUUGUAUGUGUAUAUUUGGAUGUAAUAUUCUUGCCUUGUAAUAUUGUAAUUUGCUUGAGUGAAAUCAAACUAAGGAUGUUUCUCAAUUGUACAGCUUGGAAUACUGAUUGUAUUUGGGAAUUCAGGAUUACAUCUUUAUUAUCAGUGUACUUUUGAGCCAUUAAGCAUAUCAAUCUGGUAUGCCCGAAGGAGAUGCUCAUCGAUUGCAGCAAAUUAGAACAUAUUUGCCAGAGCACCUAAUACAACCUCGUAUUCAUACAUGAUACUGAUCUAUGAUUCAGCUAUGAUAUGCAGGUUAUUCAAAUUCAGUUCCUAUUAGAAGUUGAUAAUUGUACUCAUAUAUGAUGAUAAAAGCGUCAAUUCAGUCUGAAGUUCAACAUAACUCCCCACUGCAAAUCUUUUCUGGAAAGGAAGCAUUAAGCAUCUUAAACUAGUAAAGAAAAGCACUUAUUUUAACAGUGUGAUCCAGGACAGCCAACAAAAACUAAGCAGUUAUCAGCUGUAACACUUUCUUCCAAGCAGGGCGGCCUGAAAUAUCAAUCCACCAAGAAUUCACACUCUUUCUAUCUGUCACCAAGUGUGCCAAUCCAAUUUCAUUCAUCAAGUAUCGGAUUCCCGGGAGAUGGCUCAGG